AUGGACGGUGAUGGUGAUGGUGGUGAUGUGGAGGGAGGAGAGGAAGAAGGAGAAGGGAGGGGAGGUGGGAAAGGGAAGGUGGAGGGUGGAAGAAUGAAUCGGAGUGAAGUGAAUCGACCGGAGAAGCGGCCUAGUGAGGCGUUGCUUGGUCCUGGCCGCCUGAGCGACUCACACAGAUCCUCCGCUGCGUCUGCUGCCUCUGUUUCCUCCCCUUUUGUACCGAGUAUUUUGGGUGCCAACGGGGGUGUGACAGGACUCGGCGUAGAUCCUAAGAAGGUGGUACAGUUUGAGGAUCUGCCAGAGCCCCCACCUCACUAUGGAGUUGUUCCCGAGCAUUCGGAAGAAAUUAGUGAGGUUUUAGGGCUUUGUGUAACCAAUAUCCUUGACUCGACGCUUCCAAAAUUAGACGAAGUUUUUGUCUGCCCAAGGAUUCAAGAAGACUAUGCUAAGGAAAACAUGCUGAAACAUGCAGAUGGAGAAUCUGUGCGAACUACUUGUGAUUGUGAAUUUUCUGAUUAG